CUCCAGGUUAAAUCUUAUUCGUGAUGCCUCUUGCUUACGGCUCUCUCUUGCUUGCCACUGUGAUGGAAGCAGCCCUGGGACUACCUGAUAUCCCUUUCCAGAUUACUGCUGACUAUCCACUGGGUUGUUAUGGAGGUCCUGGUCCAGGGAAUGGAAGCACCAUUUACAAUAUUCUAGCGCCUUCCUGCAUUUACAACAUGAAGGGAUAUACAAUCGAUGGAGUUCAUAGAGAGGUUGCCGGGAUCAUACUCAACACCAACAGGCCUUGGCAUUAUGGCAGCCUGCAUAUGAACCUCAAUCUGUCCACCGUGCCUGGCACCGAAACGCAUGAUGUCCUAGUGGGAACGGAUGGUUGGGCUCACCUGAGUGUCGGUGAUGAAACCAGAGACUUCUGGUGGAAUCCAGCCCCAGGUAAGAACAUCUACGGUCCAGAGCCUGUUGAAGUGGGUGUCCAAGUUUCAACUAUCGACUCUGGUACUCUCCCUAAUAACGUGAGCAUUUGGAGCUCGUGGGAUAGGCUAACUGGUACAGCGAACAGCGACGGGUUGAGGCUAUUUUGUAUGCACAAAUGCUCCUCCAACGUACCCAGUUCUGAGAUUUACACCAUACAAGAAAUCGUCAUAAAAAGAGUGGAAGGUGGCUGGUACUACUUAAUUACGUACGUAUUUCGUGACUAUUCUGAUGACAUAAAAGAUUACGACAAGUAUGUGAUCUUGGGCAAUCUGCAGGACGUGAAUAUAGUUUGAAUCUACCCAGCACCAUGAUUGAAUCAUGAUGAUUCUAUGCCUAGCCAAAGUGGCGACGUCGGUGAGGUAGUCUCCCUGCUCCGAUGCUGGUGCCUCAUGCACCGUACAUAUGUCUUGAACACUGCGAGGAUUUCGGGUC